AUGGUGGGGCCAGCCCUGGCGCUGCUGGCCGCAGCCGGCGCUGUGUUCUGUGUGGGGGUGUUCCUCUGGGUGGUCUGCAGCCACUUCCUCACAGUACACAUCCCCAAAGGCAUCGGCCACCCUGUGAAGCUAAGGGUUCUCACUUGCCUUUUCCAGCUGUCCCUGACAUGGGGCAACAUUUUUGAGAAGCUGGGGCUCUGUUCUGCACCCCAGUUUGCCAGUUUUGUGCAUGACCUGCAGCCGCUCAGGACACACCCAGAUGUCGUGGUCACGGAUCUCUGCUUUGGGUCAAUCCCUGUGAAGCUGUACAAGCCCAAGGCGCCCUCCCGCGCCCUCAGGGCUGGCAUCAUCUUCUACCACGGUGGCGGGGCCAUCCUGGGGAGCUUGAGAACCCACCACAACAUAUGCUUGUAUUUGUCAAAGGAUAGCGACUCUGUGGUCUUGUCCGUUGGAUACCGCAAGGCACCCAAAUACAAGUUUCCAGUGAUUCGAACUGACUGCACUGUGGCCACUGUCCACUUCCUGAAGUCCCUGCAUGCGUAUGGAGUGGACCCAGCUCGAGUUGUGGUCUGUGGUGACAGUGUGGGAGGAGCAGUAGCCAGUGUGAUCUCUCAGAUGUUUGUGAACCGGACAGAUCUCCCGCGCCUCAGGGCUCAGGUUCUGAUCUACUCUGCCCUGCAAGCCCUGGAUUUCCAGUCCCCUUCCUUUCAGCAAAACAAGAACAUCCCACUGCUCACUUGGGACUUUGCUUUUUACUGUUGGUGUUGUCACCUAGGUAUGAGCCUGUCUUGGAAGGAUGCCAUCAAGAAUGGGACCCACUUGCCUCCAGAAGUCUGGGAGAAGUACAGAAAGUGGUUGGGCUCAGAAAACAUCCCAGAAAGGUUUAAGGAGCAAGGCUACCAACCUGUACCCCAUGGGCCUGUGGAUGAAGAUAUUUACCUGCAGACGAGCGUCGUUCGGGAUUGGACGUGCUCACCCCUGCUCGUAGAAGAUGACAUACUGUCUCAGGUCCCAGAAACUUGCAUCGUGAGCUGUGAAUACGAUCUACUCCGGGACCAUUCACUCUUAUACAAGAAGAGGCUGGAAGACCUGGGGGUUCCUGUGACGUGGCACCAUAUGGAAGACGGCUUUCACGGAGUGCUUAACACCCUCAACAUGGGUUUCUUAAGCAUCCCUUGCUCCAGCAGAAUCAUGAGUGUGAUUACCCAGUUUAUCAAAGGGCUCUGA